AUGGAUUCCACGGCGAAGCAUGCUGUUGUGGUGAAAGUUAUGGGUCGGACUGGAUCCAGAGGACAGGUGACUCAGGUUAGAGUCAGGUUUCUGGACGAUACGAAUCGUCUUAUCAUGAGGAAUGUCAAGGGACCAGUGAGGGAGGGGGAUACCCUGACCUUGCUCGAGUCUGAAAGGGAAGCCAGGAGGUUGCGUUGA